AUGGCAGUUCAUCGCUCCGGCCCGCUUAAACAGCAGAAUAAGGCUCACAAGGGCGGGCGGCACCGGGGCCGGAGCGCCGCUCAACGGGACGGCAAAGGUCGAGUAGCGGUGAAAGUCCUGAGCAAGAAGGCGAGAAAGGAGCUGAGUCGAGUGGACCAGAGGCACCGGGCUAGCCAGCUCCGGAAGCAGAAGAAGGAGGCGGUUUUAGCAGAGAAGCGGCAACUGGGCAGCAAGGAUGGGCCACCUCAUCAGGUCCUGGUGGUGCCCCUGCAUGAGAGGGUUUCCCUGGGUGAGGCUUUGCUGCUGCUCCAGAACACAGACAACAGGGUUGUCCCUGUGGUGGAGCAGGCUGGGGCACCUGGCUUCAUGCUGCUCUGUCCUCAGCUAAAGCAUCGAUGGUUCUUUACAUCUGCAAAGUCAGGGGACCUCCAUACCAUGUUAGACUUGGCCAAAGUGGCAGAUACUAUCCUUUUCAUCCUGGAUCCAGUGGAAGGUUGGGACAGUACAGGAGAUUACUGCCUCUCUUGCCUCUUUGCCCAAGGACUUCCUACCUAUUCUCUAGCCAUUCAAGGAGUUGGGGGCCUUCUCCCAAAGAAACAAGCAGAAGCCAAGAAGAAGCUGAGCAAGGCCUUGGAGAAACGUUUUCCUGGGGACAGAUUACUCCAUCUGGAUACUCAGCAGGAUGCUGUGCUGCUCCUGCGACAGUUGGCUAACCAGAAGCAGAGGCAUCUGUCCUUCCGAGACAGGCGUGCCUACUUAUUUGCCCAUGCUGCUGACUUUGUCCCCAACCAAGAAAGCAGCUUGGUGGGCACCUUGAAAGUGUCAGGCUAUGUCCGUGGGCAGACUCUUGAUGUAAACCGUCUCCUGCAUCUUGUUGGGCAUGGUGAUUUCCAGAUCAAGCAGAUUGAUGCACCUGCAGACCCUUUCCCUCUAAAUCCCAGAGUGAUUAAAGCUAGGAAAGGCCUGGACAUGGCCAUGCAGGUGUGUGUGGAUGCUGAUGGGGCAACUGAGAUGGAGGAAGACCUCAAGGUCUUAGUAAGAGCAGACCCUGCUCGACAGGAAUCUCUCCAGUCAGAGGUUGUUCCAGAUCCUAUGGAGGGGGAACAGACCUGGCCCACUGAGGAGGAGCUAAAUGAGGCAAAUGAUUUCUUAAAGGAAAGAACCAAGAUGGUGAAGAAGGUCCCCAAAGGAACAUCUAGUUACCAGGCUGAAUGGAUUUUGGAUGAGGAUGAUGAGGGCAGCAGUGAUGAGGAUGAGGACAAGGAUGAAGAUGAGGAUGAAGCUGCUGAAGAUUUCAUGGAGGGGGAAGAUUCAGAGGUGAGCAAGGGUAGUGAAGAAGAAUGUGAGACCAUGACUGUAGGAGAAUCUGUUCAAGAUGAUCAGUAUGAUGAGAAGAUUGAUGAAGAGGCUGAGGAACAAAUGCUGGAGAAAUAUAAGCAGGAGAGACUGGAUGAGAUGUUUCCAGAUGAAGUAGACACUCCCAGGGAUGUAGCAGCAAGGAUCCGAUUUCAGAAGUACAGAGGCCUCAAGAGCUUCCGCACAUCUCCAUGGGAUCCCAAAGAAAAUUUACCCCAGGAUUAUGCUCGGAUCUUUCAGUUUCAGGACUUUUCCAGAACUAGGAAACGGAUCUUUAAGGAGAUUGAGGAAGAGGAGUCUGAAGGGGCUGAGGUUGGCUGGUAUGUGACCCUGCAUGUCUGUGGAGUUCCUGCCUCAGUGGUCGAGAGCUUUAGGCAAGGGGUACCUUUGGUCAUGUUUUCUCUUUUACCACAUGAACAGAAGAUGUCAGUGCUGAAUAUGGUAGUGAGAAGACACCCUGGCAACCUGGAGCCUGUGAAAUCCAAAGAGGAGAUGAUCUUCCAUUGUGGCUUCCGGCGCUUCCGAGCAUCUCCUCUGUACUCCCAGCACACUGCAGCGGAUAAACACAAGGCUGAGCGGUUUCUUCGUCCUGGUAUGGCCUUGGUGGUUACUGUUUAUGCCCCGAUUACCUUCCCUCCAGCCUCAGUGCUGCUCUUCAGACAGACACCCGAUGGCAAGCACAACCUCAUUGCAACGGGGUCUCUCCUGUCAGUGGAUCCAGACAGGAUGGUCAUCAAGAGACUUGUGCUGAGUGGACAUCCUUUCAAAAUCUUAACCAAGAUGGCAGUAGUCCGCUACAUGUUCUUUAACAGAGAGGACGUGCUGUGGUUUAAACCAGUGGAGUUGAGGACAAAAUGGGGCCGCAGAGGACACAUCAAGGAGCCAUUAGGCACUCAUGGCCAUAUGAAGUGCACAUUUGAUGGACAGCUGAAAUCUCAGGACACUGUGUUGAUGAAUCUGUACAAACGUGUCUUCCCUAAAUGGACUUAUGAUCCCUACGUGCCAGAGCCCACACCCUGGUCAAAAGAUGAAACUUCCCCAGGGCCAGAGGUGGACAUGCAGUGAGGGCUGCUUAUGACAAGGGGUGUGAGUGAGCCUUAGGAGCAGGUGUGAGCUGUGGAGGGGCCUCAGGGCCAUCUGGGGGUGGAUUCUAAGUGUGGCUUGACAAAGUGCCUGGGCUCAGCCAGUUGUGUCAUUUUGCUGCCACACUGGUAUUAAGCAGAUCUCUAGAAGGAAAGAGAUUGGAGGGAGAAAGCCUGGGCUGGGCAGGGAUUAGUAAAGGCCUCUCUUAACAGCUCAGACGUCGGUGAGCC